AACUCCCACAUCAAUAACAGUCGAGUCAAGAUGGCGGCCGAGGGCGAGUACGAGUCGAUCCUGUGCGUUAAACCAGAUGUCAACGUUUACCGCAUCCCGCCGCGAGCUUCGAACCGCGCAUACAGGGCUGCUGACUGGAAGCUGGAUGCUCCGGACUGGUCCGGUCGAAUGAGGAUCACAGCCAAGGGCAAAGUGGCAUACAUCAAACUGGAGGACAAAGUCUCAGGUGAGCUGUUUGCCCAGGCUCCGGUUAAGGAGUAUCCCGGUGUUGCAGUGGAAACGGUCAGCGACUCCAGCCGAUACUUUGUUCUGCGGAUACAGGAUGACAACGGUCGCAGUGCUUUCAUCGGAGUUGGCUUCGGGGACCGAGGGGACGCCUUUGACUUUAACGUUUCUUUGCAGGACCAUUUCAAAUGGGUGAAACAGGAGAAUGAAAUCAGUAAAAGUGCCCAGCUCGGGGAUUCAGGACCUAAACUGGACUUGGGCUUCAAGGAGGGACAGACCAUCACACUCAACAUAGGGCAGGGUAAAAAGAGGGAUAAGCCCCGCCCACAAAGCUCAGGUGGGUUCGGACUCCUCCCACCACCACCUGGAGGCAAGAUAGCCCCUCCGCCUUUGUCAGGCUCAUCCAAUCACAACAUAGUCCCCCAGACCGGAGGCAUGGCAACAGGCUGCCUGUUGGAGCUGGACAGCAGUAACUCUAACACAGUGGUUCAGUCAAACCCUAGUUCAGAUCUUUGGGGAGACUUCUCUGCUCCUGCAAGCUCUGUUCCACCUCCAUCCCGACCACAGAACACCGCAAACUGGAUCCAGUUCUGAGUCAUCGGCGGCCGCGUCGGUUGUGAUUUCCAUCUCACCUGCAUCUGUGUCCGUAGCUUCCUGUGCGUCACACUGAGAGUAACUCCCACACCCUGAUCCCAAAGCAGAGGCGUGAAACACCACAGAGCUGUAGAAACAACACAUAACAUCAUUUCACUCAGAGAGAGUCAUAGUUCUUUCAGAUAUUCCAGGCAGGAAAUGAAGCAUUAAUAUGUUAAAGCCAUUACUUGAUAUGAGCCAUUUCCAGAAAUGUUUAAGGGCUAUGUGUGACGUCCUGAGCAGCAGGUGUUCCUCUGUUAUGUGUCAGCAUCUCCUCCCCAGUAGAUGGCUCUCUGAGCAGAGCUUUAGCUUUGAUCUGGAAUGUUUUUGUCACAGCAGCAGCGCUCCCUGCAGGCACUGCAGAGUACUACAUCUCAAGAAAAGGCACCAGUGCUCACAGCAACCUACUAAGAAUCAAAGUAGGCCAAAAGAGUUUUUGCUGAGUAAUUACAACUUGUUUCAGUAUAAGCCCUAACAUUAUGUUCUUUUUUUUUUUAAAGCUUGAUUUUAAGACUCGUUUCCAUUCUCACACUGUGAACCGUGGAGUCGCGCAGCUUUGUCUUCAGGCUGGAGGAAACCUGUCAGUCUAGAUCAAAUGAUUAGGUUUUCUCUAUUGGAUAUGAAAACUUAUCUACAUAUUUAUUGAGACAAGAAUAAGAAACUAUGAACUGUGCAGUAUUUUAGUGUGUUUCCAGAAUCAGUGAGCUCACUUAAAAAUGAGGCGACAUAUGGUUCAGACAAAUACACCGGGGACAUUAAAAUUCCUCCCUGGCUUAUUAAAUCUAUAGAUUUAUGUUUACAAUGUAAAAUCAUAUAUGUUUACUACUGGGUGCUUAUUGUCAUCAACUUUAUUUUGUUGCAACAAUGAAAUUAGCGGCCAAAUCCAGACAUGCUUUCAUUACUUUCAUUUAUUUACAGAUUUUACUGUAUUUUUAAAGAACUGAAUAAGAAUUAAAGAAUUAAAUGUGACAUAUCUUUUUGCUGAAAUUGGGGAUGGGAGUGUUGAGGUAAAUUAAAACUACUUAAAUACUUAGUGGCCUUCUUUGCCCUAAUACAUUUUUUGACCUCCCGUACAAACAGUGUCUCAAUCCCAGUGAACUUGCCCGUUUCCAGAAAUGUUGAAAUGAAUAAAUGAGGCGAAUCAGAGCAGGAAUGCAAAGAACUGGACUCCAUAUCAGAAAAUCCUAAACAUCACAUGAUGGUUAGUCAUAGCAUAAAGUCAUAGCAUAAAGACUGUAAACAGGGAAACGAUUAGCCUGGCUCUGUCUGAACGUAAUAAAAUCCAUUGACCUGCAUCUCUAAAGCUCUCUAAUUAAAGUUACAUUUAGUUUCUUUAUUUUCCAAAAAGUUGAUCUGUUCCAUUCAUUUAUUAGUGUGUCAUUUAUUAGAUGAUCCUAAAUGAUGUGGUUUAUUUCACACUGUAAAGCAAAAACAAACCUGAACCCAUGUGCGUUGUUUGAGAUCUGAACACAUCAGUCUCAGGACUGAAGGCGGGAAAAACAGAAUCUGAUGAUUGUUACUUCAUCUGAUGAAUGUCUUAAUGGCAGCAAAUGAUAUGUUAAUCUAAGGCUUUGGCUGAUUGUGAACUUAGUGUUUACGGGACUGUGACAUAUGAAUUGUUGUAAACAUUUGACUGUGAAUUCAUUUUGUUUGCAUAGAUUUUUAAGGUUUGCUGUGAUCAAAUCACAUGAACUGUAUUUAACUGGCAUUAAGAUAUAGGGCUGAUUGAUAUAUGUUGACCUGUGUGCCGUGUUUACAUUUCUCAUAUUGCUGGCUAAAAUAUAAAAAAAAAAAUGUCUCCCACUUCUCACUCAUUCCACGCUGGCUGUUAAAUCACUGGACUAACACUUUUUUAUUUUAUUAUCAGAUUUAUGACCAAUUUAACGAGAAAGAGGCAAUAAAUCCUUUCAAAGGAUG